GAAGAAAGUGAAAGCACGCAAGAGAGAAAAAGUGAGAAACAGACACGCUUCCGAUUCUCUUCCGGCGAUAAACUUCCGGCAACUCGCACCGGCAAUUUCGCCGAUCCAUUUUCUCUAUUUUUCGGUAAGCACCAUUCGGAUACUAUUUUCGGCGAAGAAAUCAAAGCUUACGCGUUCCACAUUCUCCUAAAACCAUUUCUGGAUCGAGUCUUCUACUACAAGCUCUCGUCGGUGAUCUUCUUCAACCUUUUUUCGGCUUCGGUUCGCUUUUGAACUUCCUAUUUAGCCUCCAGAUCCUUGCCUUGUUAGCAGAGAGUGGUUUUCUAGGGUUUGAGUACACUUCACUUUGUUUAAGCUCUUGAACUUUGUGGCUACUUUUGGUGUCUCUGUUACUGUCUUUGUUUUCACAUGGGUCUUUAGUGUCUGAAAAUGCGAGCAGUUUCAAACAUGAGGGUGCUUCUCCGCUUCUUCUUCUCGGGUUUUCUUCUGGCGGUGUCGGUGGCCGCCGUGAGUCCGUCUCUGAACGACGACGUUUUGGGAUUGAUUGUGUUCAAAGCUGACAUACAAGAUCCCAAGGGAAAGCUUUCAUCUUGGAACGAAGACGAUGAUAACGCGUGUGGUGGUGGUUGGGUUGGUGUGAGGUGCAAUCCUAGAUCCAACAGGGUCAUUGAGCUCAACCUUGAUGGCUUCUCUCUUUCUGGGAAGAUUGGUCGAGGUUUGUUGAGGUUGCAGUUCUUAAGGAAGCUUUCACUCGCCAAGAACAACCUCACUGGUGGAAUAAGCGCCAACAUUGCUCACAUUGAAAAUCUUAGAGUCAUUGAUUUGAGUGAUAACAAUCUCUCAGGAGAAGUUCCUGAUGAUUUUUUCCGACAAUGUGGGUCCCUAAGGGCUGUUUCCUUGGCCAGGAACAGGUUCUCUGGGAAGGUUCCUUCUAGUUUGGGCUCUUGUUCUGCUGUUGCUUCCAUUGAUAUGUCUUCUAACCAGUUUUCAGGUUCUGUUCCUGCUGGGGUUUGGAGUUUGAGUGGUCUCAGGUCUCUUGAUUUGUCUGGGAACUUGUUGGAGGGUGAGAUUCCAAAAGGGGUUGAUGCUUUGAAGAAUUUGAGGAGCAUAAGCCUAGCAAACAAUCAGAUUUCAGGAAAGAUUCCGGAAGGUUUUGGAAGCUGCUUGCUCUUGAGAUCUGUUGAUUUUGGUGAGAAUUCGCUUUCCGGUACCCUGCCGGGGGAUUUGAAAAAUCUAAAAUUGUGUAGUUACCUUGGUUUGCGUGGGAAUGCUCUCUCAGGAGAGGUUCCUGAGUGGAUUGGAGAGAUGAUAGGCCUUGAGACAUUAGACGUCUCGCGGAAUAGGUUUUCUGGUCAGGUGCCGAAUUCUGUUGGAACUCUUCAGUCAUUGAAGAUGUUGAAUUUGUCUGGUAACAGUUUCACUAAUAACCUGCCUGAGUCUAUGGCAAAUUGCACUAGCCUAUUGGCCUUGGAUGUUAGCCAUAAUUCGAUGUCUGGUGCUCUUCCAUCUUGGAUCUUCAAGUCAGAUUUGGAGAAUGUUCUGGUAUCUGAAAACAAGGCGCGAGGUAGCUUGAAAACUUCUUUGUUUUCCUUGGCUGAAGUUGCAGUUCAAAGUCUUAAAGUUUUGGAUUUUUCUGAUAACACAUUUUCUGGUGAGAUUCCAUCUGCUAUUGGAGAUUUAAGCAGCUUGCAGUUUCUGAAUUUAUCACAAAACUCCCUUAGAGGUCCUAUACCUGCUGCAAUUGGUGAAUUGAAAAUGUUGUCUAGUCUUGACCUAAGUGAGAAUCAUCUAAAUGGAAGCAUACCUUGGGAAAUAGCUGGAGCCAUGUCCUUGAAGGAGCUGAGAUUGGAAAAUAAUUUUUUAGUUGGGAAAAUACCAACUUCCAUUGAGAACUGCUCUUCUUUAUCAACUUUGAUCCUGGCGCAGAACAGACUGAGUGGUUUGAUACCUGCAGCAGUCGCAAAAUUAACCAACCUACAAACUGUUGACUUCUCAUUUAACAACCUUACUGGAACCCUUCCUAAGCAAUUGGCCAACCUUCCCAAUCUAGUUUCCUUCAAUUUAUCUCACAACAAUCUACAAGGAGAACUGCCAGCAGGUGGUUUCUUCAACACCAUUUCGCCUUACUCUGUUUCCGGGAAUCCAUCCCUUUGUGGCUCUGCUGUGAACAGAUCAUGCCCUGCUGUCAUGCCCAAGCCUAUUGUUCUAAAUCCCAACACUUCCACUGACUCUGGCUCGGGUACACUACCACCAACUAUGGGACACAAGAGAAUCAUUCUCAGCAUUUCUGCACUCAUUGCCAUUGGUGCAGCUGCUGUCAUUAUAGUUGGUGUGAUUGGCAUCACUGUUCUGAAUCUCCGUGUUCGGGCCACCGAGUCUCGAUCUCCAGCCACCCUCACAUUUUCUGCUGGGGAUGAAUUCAGCCAUUCCCCAACUACAGAUGCCAACUCUGGCAAACUUGUCAUGUUUUCAGGCGAGCCUGAUUUCAGCUCUGGAGCACAUGCCUUGCUUAAUAAGGAUUGUGAGCUUGGACGUGGAGGGUUUGGAGCUGUAUACCAGACAGUUCUUAAAGAUGGACGAUCGGUCGCCAUAAAGAAACUCACUGUAUCCAGCCUUGUCAAGUCCCAAGAAGAUUUUGAAAGAGAAGUGAAGAAAUUAGGAAAAGUCAGACACCAAAAUCUAGUGGAAUUAGAAGGUUAUUAUUGGACUCCAUCACUGCAGCUCCUUAUAUCUGAGUAUGUCUCAGGUGGCAGUCUCUACAAGCAUCUCCAUGAAGGAUCGGGUGGAAACUUCCUCUCAUGGAAUGAGAGGUUCAAUGUGAUUCUUGGGACAGCAAAGGCCUUAGCUCACUUGCACAACUCAAACAUUAUUCACUAUAACAUUAAGUCUACCAAUGUCCUUCUUGACAGCUAUGGCGAACCAAAAGUAGGGGAUUUUGGUCUAGCAAGGCUGCUACCAAUGCUUGACAGGUAUGUUCUGAGUAGCAAAAUUCAAAGCGCCCUUGGCUACAUGGCACCCGAGUUUGCCUGCAAGACAGUGAAAAUUACCGAAAAAUGUGAUAUUUACGGGUUUGGAGUCUUGGUCUUGGAGGUUGUUACAGGGAAGAGGCCCGUUGAAUACAUGGAGGAUGAUGUGGUGGUACUCUGUGACAUGGUGAGAGGCACAUUGGAAGAAGGCAGGGUGGAGGAAUGCAUUGAUGAAAGGCUACAAGGGAAGUUCCCAGCAGAGGAAGCGAUUCCGGUGAUGAAGUUAGGCUUAAUAUGUACCUCACAAGUGCCAUCCAAUAGGCCUGAUAUGGGAGAGGUUGUUAGCAUACUGGAGCUGAUAAGGUGCCCCUCCGAAGAACAAGAGGAGUUGGUAUGAAUCCCAUGAGUUUAACUUGCAUUCUUCAUUACAAUGAUGAGCAUGGAUGGCGGGUUAUCCGGCGACGAAGAAUCCGGUUUUAUUUAUUGAGAGAAAUUAAUUGUUGGAAAAGAAAAAAAAAUGUUAUCUUUUGAUUUACAAUUUCUUGUUCUUGUUGGGGUUUUCUUUCUUCUAGUCUGUUUCAAGAUUUCUCUUCUCUGUAUGCUACAACUAGGAUGCCGGAUUCCUUUUCACCGGGUUCCAUUUUGGGCCCCAUUUGAUGAUGAAAAAAACUCUUUGGAAAUUGUUGCUCAAUUACUCAUAUUUCAUAUUUUAGUUUGUCUGCUUAUUGGUGUCUCAUUCGUUGUACCGAAAGCUUUUCCCUAAACUUGGGGGAAUGAUGAUAUUGUCAUG